AGAGCCGUCCCCCAUCCCACAGCCAGUCAACACGAAUCACCGUGUCUCCCUGUAAAUGCAGUCGUGUACAGACGCAUUCUCUGACAGUAUCGAUCAGCUAUUAAUGUCCUGAUUCAGAUACAAAGAUGGCCUCCCCCCAGCCUGGCAGCCCACCACUUGCAGAGCAGUACACCCCCCCUGCACAGGAUGAGGAGAGCCACCAAAAAGAAAAGAUGGUAAAGGAUCAGACUGCAAAAAAACGUGGCAGAGGCAGACCUCCUAAAGCCAAACCUGCCUUCAAAUGCUCAACAUGUGCAGAGGUAUUCAAAAGUCUCUCAGCUCUGCGGAGCCACAAGCUUUCGGCACAUGCAAAAGACCGUCAGCAGCAACACACAUGUUCUCAGUGUAAUAAAACAUUCUCAAGCAAGGCUCAGCUCUCAAAGCAUGAGCGUACUCACUCAGCCCAACGCCCCUUUCAGUGUCCCGACUGCCACAAAGCUUACAAGACGCCCACAGAGCUCCGCAACCAUAGCCGCUCUCACACUGGGGAGAAGCCUUUUGUAUGCACUGAUUGUGGGAAGGCCUUCAUGCAAGCUAUAUGUCUGAGGAUCCAUAUGACACAGCACAGCGGAGAGCGCCCCUAUUCCUGCCGUCAGUGCUCUAAGAGUUACCCCACUUUAUCAAAACUAAAGGUGCAUAUGCGUUCUCACACAGGAGAGAAGCCAUACUUUUGUGCUGAGUGUGGUAAGAGUUUUGCAGAUCCCUCUGUUUUCCGAAAGCAUAGGCGUAACCAUCAGGGUCAUCGACCAUACGCCUGUGAAGAAUGUGGAAAAACAUACACAGAGCUGAAAGACCUGAAAAACCAUGAGCGCUCUCACACUGGAGAAAAACCAUACCUGUGUUCAGACUGUGGCAAGGCCUUUUCUCGCUCCUCGUCGCUGGCCUGCCACCAGCGCAUUCAUUCCCAGAAUAAACCCUAUCAGUGUGAGCAGUGCGGUAAGGGCUUCACUCAGUUGUCUUCUUACCAGUCUCAUCUUCGCACUCACUCUGGGGAGAAGCCAUUCCUCUGUCCACAGUGCGGAAAGAUGUUUUCAGACCCUUCCAGUUUCCGUCGCCAUCAGCGGGCACACUUGGGUUUUAAGCCAUAUCCCUGCGAUAAAUGCUCCAAGAGGUUCCGCCAGCCAGCUGAUCUGGCUGUGCAUGAGCGUGUUCACUCUGGAUUGCGGCCUUACAGAUGUCAGAGCUGCGACAAGGCUUUUGUAGCAUCCUGGGAUUUGCGGCGCCACAUGCUUGUCCACACAGGACUCAGACCUUUCUCCUGCACCGAGUGUGACAAGUCAUUUGCUGAACGGUCCAGCCUCAACAAGCACCGACGUGUGCACUCUGGUGAGCGACCUUUCAAAUGUGAGGAGUGUUUAAAGUCAUUUGUUGUGUCAUCAAGCCUGCGCAAACAUGAGAGAACUCACCUUGCUGAACACGCUGAACAACAGCAACAGCAACAGUCACAACCGGAGGUGGACACGGGGUCGGCCUCUGGCUUCACUGCUCACACAACCCUCCCUCAGUUCUCCUGCACACACUGUGAUGCUACAUUUGGAACCUGGGAUGAAGUGCAGGCCCACGAGAGUCUUCAUUCCAUCGACUCUACUCCGACUGUAACAAAAAUCGUACCCCUGGGCUCACAUGUAUGUGAAAUUUGUCAGGCAGAGUUUGCGCAGCUGGCAGAAUUGCAGGAGCAUGAGAAGCAGCAUCCGAAGCCGAGGCCUCAUGUCUGUGACAGCUGUGGCAAAGGUUUCCUCAAUAAAUCUGGACUACGUAAACACCAGAAGAUCCAUUCCAGCAGCAAACCUCACAGCUGCCCCCACUGUGGCAAAGCUUUUCUGUUUGCUGCCUACCUUCGCAAGCACUUACGGACUCACACUGACCACACCCCAGCUGCCCCACUCAGUGACAUGAACAUUAUCCACACGGACCCACUCCCCUCCUCUCCGCCUCCCAGUGAAGUUUCCCCCAGUACCGUUGAACCCAGUGCAAUAUCGCUGACUGUUCCAGUGACGGUACCUGUGACUGCUUUCCAGACUCUGCCAGAGUAUUUAGUCAAGGAAGAGGAACUUUAAGCUCUUACUGUUUUGAUAUUUUGCCAAAGGCCUUAAAUCUUUUGAGGUGAUGGGUCUAAUUAUGAGAAAAAUAUUACAUUGGGGUCUCUUUCAUUUAAAAUGUCAGAGUUUUGUUAUUGCUCUGUAUUGCCAUGGUAUUUUAAAGAUAUUAUGUAUGUUUUAAAACUCAAACUGUAUUAUAAGUAUCCUACUGUCAAAUAGUCUUAUCUCUUGUGAUCCUUUCAUAGAAAUGUGGUGUUACAAACAUACUGUGUGCUCAUCCCAGUAAAAUUGCGCUUUAUAAAUGUGGCUAAAUAUGUUUUUUAUCAUACAUUUUAAUUACAGCUACUCUUAAAUUCUUUGUAUGUUUUGAUUUUAUCGUUUAGGACAUUUAUCACUGUUCAAUUAUUAAUUACUAUAACCUAAUCAUGAAAAAUGAGUUAUGUAAAAAAAAAAAAAGAGGCUGUGGCAUUACUUUUUUAUAUGAUUAAAAUAUCUCAGUAUUAAGUCUGUG